CAUCAAAAUACAACAACUUCAGAUUAAGGUAGUUGAGUAAUUGACUGCACUUACUAUUGAAAAGGAAGCUGCUGGUGUCUUGAAAAGCCUAUACACCAUCCUCACAAUGGUUGGCCCAGUGAGGUCCAGGCGUGGAGCGCAGAGGUCGACUACAACGUAUGGCUACAGACGAGCCUUGAAAGAUAUUCGUCAGCCUGGGAAAAGAGCAACGCCCGAGGACAGAAAUGGAUACAAGAAACUGCUUGAAGAACUUCGUAAACGUGAAGACCACCUCACCAAGGUGAAGCCAGGAAAGAAAAAUGGGAAGGAUGACUCCGGAGAGGACGAAGAAUAUGAAGUUGAGAGAGUCCUUGAUUCACGUGUCAAGGACGGGGAGCUCAAAUUUUACGUCCUGUGGGAGGGAUUUUCGAUAGAGGAGGCUACAUGGGAACCGCGCUCUAACUUGGAGAAUUCGACGGAAGCUAUUGAUGAAUAUUUCGAUGCUCAUCCUGGCAACCCUGGUGGACCUAAGGCAAACAAUCGCCUCGGCCGUCCAUCUCUGAAGGCGGCUGAGAAAACAUCAUAGGCUAAACAGACAUUCUAACCUCCGUAUGUCUGCUGGCAUUACUGUUGCCUGCUGCCUGCUGCCUGCUGCCUGCUGCCUGCUGCCUGUUG